CUUGGCGUUUGGAAGGGAAUAGAGAGAGCUAGAGAGGUAAGACUCCACUUCCUGGAAUGAGCUCCAUCUGUCCUUAUCUCUGUCCGCAUGGGUCUGCCCGAAGGCCUCGCAUGGCCACCCAAAUUAGUCAUCUGACCACCUCCCUCCCUUCCUCUCUGAAGCCUUUCUUCAGAGAGCUGCAGCAGGCUCAUACGAGAAUCGAUGUGUGGAAGAACAUCAAGAACACCUCACGGAGGUUCCUCGAUGCACUUGUGGACUCCACAUUCCAAUUCAUCCAUCAGCCCAUACUCCCAUCUCAGAGCAACUUUGCACCAGUUGAUGAGAUUGGAGAUGCCGUGAGGAUCACCAGCAUUGAAGGGGAGAUUCCUGCUGAUUUCCCAGAGGGCGUAUAUAUUAGAAAUGGUUCUAAUCCACUGUUCGGCACGCUGCUGUCGACGGAGUCGCUGUUCGGGAGGUCGAGCAACAUCUGGGUGGAGGGGGAGGGCAUGCUCCAUGCCCUCUCCUUCGCCAAGGACGCCGCCGGCCGGUGGACCCUCUUCUAUAAUAACCGAUACGUCCAGUCCGACACCUUCAAGCUCGAGAAGGAGCGCAACAAGCCCUGCUUCCUCCCCGCCAUCGAAGGCGAUCCCCCCGCCAUCUUGGCCGCUUACGUUUUAAACCAGCUGAGGUUUGGCAAAGUAAACAAAUACAUCAGCAACACCAAUGUGUUCGAGCACGCAGGGAGAGUCUUCUCAGUUGCCGAGAAUCACAGACCGCAAGAGAUUGACGUAUAUAGUCUUGAGACAUAUGGUAACUGGGAUGUUGAUGGAGCUUGGGAUCGGCCAUUCACUUCCCAUCCAAAGAGAGCUCCAGGAUCUGGAGAGCUUGUCAUUUUUGGAGUUGAUGCGAAGAAACCUUUCCUUGUGCUUGGAGUUCUAUCAGCUGACGGGAAAAAACUAAUGCAUAAGGUUGACCUCAACCUGGAGAGGAGCACCCUUUGCCAUGACAUAGGAGUUACCAAAAUGUACAACAUAAUCCUCGACAUGCCACUUACUAUUGAUAUUAAUAGACUUGUCAGAGGUGGUCCGUUGAUCAAGUUUGAGAAGGAAAGUUAUGCAAGAAUUGGGGUGAUGCCCCGUUACGGAGAUGCAGAUUCAAUUAAAUGGUUUGAGGUGGAACCGUAUUGUACUUUCCACAUUAUCAAUUGCUUUGAAACUGGUGAUGAGGUGGUUGUGAUGGGUUGUCGAGCAUCUGAAUCAAUCAUCCCUGGCCCAGACCUGGGAGUUGAUAAAUUCCAGUGGUUUUCUAAAGGAUUCAAGCCCAUGACAAAAAGAGCAACAUGUCCUGACAAUAUCUUUGAAGAAGGAUUCUUCUUCUCGCGUUUGUAUGAAUGGAGACUAAACAUGAAAACAGGUGGUGUCACUGGGAGAUACCUAACAGGAACUGAUUUCUCAAUAGACUUCCCUUUGAUCAAUGACCAUUUCAUUGGGUUGUAUAACAAAUAUGCUUAUGCGCAAGUUGUGGAUUCUGCAGCAAGUUCUAUCUGUGCUCUGCCCAAGUAUGGAAGUCUGGCAAAGUUUAAUCUUGAAGAACAAGUUGAUGGCACUGCUGAGCUGGAGAAGCACUCUGAAGACCUGGUUACGGUAGAGCACCACCAGCUUGGCAGAAAUAAGUUCUGUUCAGGAGCAGCAUUUGUCUCAAAACAAGGUGAUUGUGAUGAAGAUGAUGGUUGGAUAGUUUCUUUUGUGCACAAUGAAGAUACAAAUGCAUCUCAGGUCUACAUAAUUGACACUAAAAGUUUUGACAGUGACCCUGUUGUCAAAAUAACUUUGCCACAAAGAGUGCCUUAUGGAUUUCAUGGAACUUUCAUAUCCAAAUCAACUCAAUGUCGAUACAAAUAUGUACAGUAAAGGCUGUUUUGUUGUUGAUGAUAAUUCAAAUUUGUGAUUGUAGAGUUAGAACAAAGUGAAACCACAAUUCUGAACAAAGUGAUUUCUUCAGUA